AAAGCUGGUCAUAGAUGAACAGAGCGGCAGCUCAAUCUCAUUUUUAUUUAGAUCAUAAGUGCGUAAAGGGAAGUGGUUUGUGGGCAGAAACACAACUGCUGCUGUUUAUGUGUAGAUGAAGGACACUUCACAUAAAAACUCAGACCUCAUGGACAUGUGAUCAAAAGGUUGUGCUUUAAACCUGGGCAGACAUGAAAUGUUUUAAGUGCACUGAAGAAAAAUGCUCGUCAGUAAUCGGUUAUCUUUGAUUCUGCUCAUUUUCUCUGGUGUGUUUGGUGCGGAGACAGAUGAAAUCAGGAUGAUAUCAGUGAAGACUGGAGAUUCUGUAGUAUUACAUACUGGUGUUCGUGAGAUUAACAGAGAAAAGCAGAUACUGUGGCUGUUUGGAGCUGAGGAUCCAGACACUCUCAUUGCUGAAAUCUACAAGCUGAGCAUCUCAAUAUAUGACACUUAUGAGGGACUUAAAGACAGACUGCAGAUGGACCAGCAGACGGGAUCUCUCACCGUCAGAAACAUCACAACCAGUCACUCUGGACUCUAUACGGCACAGAUUAUGAACUCCAUGACCACAUUUAAAAGAUUCAGUGUUAUGGUUUAUGGCCCUGUCUCGUUGCCUGUCAUUGAGAGCAGCUCACAGGUCAGCGAGUGUCUGAUAUCUGAUGGAGGGUUUUCUUCUGCAGUGAUGUGUUCAGCUGAGAAUGGACCAGAAGUCUCUCUGUCAUGGUAUAAAGGGAGAGAACGACUGAAUCAGACCAGCAGUCCUGACCUCAGCGUCACUCUGUCUCUCCCGCUGGAGAUAAGAAAUAAUGACGUCUUUCAUUGUGUGGCUGCUAAUCCAGUCAGCAACAAGACGACACAAUUCAGCUUCCAGGAACACUGUCUGCUAAAUACAGAUUCCAGUCACUCCUGUGGUUUUACUGAAGCUGUGAUCCGAUUGGUCAUCUCUGCUCUGGUGGGCGUGGCUACUGUUGCUAUGCUGUUUUAUGAUAUCAGAUCUUGAAAGAAGUAGACAACAGUCCCUAAAUGUCCCAGUGAAAUAUAAAGUAAAUAAACAUG